AUGGAAGGUUUCGACGAUCCUGGGGUGUUUUUCUCAGAUAACUUUGGCGUAGAAGAAAAUGAAUCUCAAGAUCAAAUUAACCUACAAGCUGUUAAGAAGAAGUUCAAAGAGUUUAUUAGGCAAUUUCAUACGGGAAACUUUAAUUAUAAAUACAGAGAUGCUCUAAAAAGGAACUAUAACCUACAUCAAUAUUGGGUUGAAAUUAAUAUUGAAGACUUGUCUAGUUUCGACGAGGUACUUGCUGAAAAGCUAUACAAAAAGCCAACAGAACAUUUACCUAUUCUUGAAGAGGCAGCUAAAGAUUUAGCAGAUGAAUUAACUGCACCUAGACCCGAAGGUGAAGAAAAGGUUGAAGAUAUUCAAGUCUUACUCUCGUCAGACGCCCAUCCUUCAAACUUAAGAGAGCUUAAGUCUGAGACAGUAUCCAGAUUAAUUAAAAUACCGGGUAUAGUGAUAUCAGCAUCUGCAAUAAAAGCCAAAGCUACAAAAAUAUCAAUUCAGUGUAGGUCUUGUCGCAAUGUCAUUCCUAAUUUACCCGUAAAGCCAGGGCUUGAAGGUUAUGUUAUGCCCAGGAAGUGUAAUACGGAACAAGCUGGACGACCAAAAUGCCCUCUGGAUCCAUAUUUUAUUGUGCCAGAUAAAUGUAAAUGUAUUGAUUAUCAGGUAUUAAAACUGCAAGAAGCUCCUGAAAAUAUACCACAAGGUGAAAUGCCGAGGCAUUUGACAGUAUACUGUGACCGCAUGCUAUGUGAACGAGUAGCUCCUGGGGCUCGAGUGACAGUCCUCGGAAUAUAUUCAAUUAAAAAGAUAGCUAAAGCUGGGAGAGGUGAUCGCGACAAAGGUUCAGUGGGUGUAAGAUCGUCGUACCUUCGCGCAGUGGGUCUCUCAGCAGACGAAGGAAUUACUGGAGGACUUAGCCCAUUCACGUCAGAGGAGGAAGAACAGUUCCGAAGAUUAGCGGCCUCUCCGGAUAUAUAUGACAGGAUAGGAGCAUCUAUAGCUCCUAGUGUUUUUGGCGCAGUGGAUAUGAAGAAAGCCAUUGCUUGCCUAUUGUUUGGAGGGUCCCGCAAAAGAUUACCAGACGGCUUAACACGGCGUGGAGACAUAAAUAUACUGCUGCUAGGUGACCCUGGUACAGCAAAGUCUCAACUAUUGAAGUUUGUGGAAAAGGUGGCUCCUAUAGGAGUGUACACUUCAGGAAAGGGUUCUAGUGCUGCAGGUCUUACUGCUUCUGUGAUACGAGAUCCUGGGAGCCGUAACUUUGUAAUGGAAGGUGGGGCGAUGGUGCUAGCUGAUGGCGGUGUCGUCUGUAUUGAUGAGUUUGACAAGAUGAGGGAAGACGACCGAGUAGCGAUACACGAGGCUAUGGAACAACAGACGAUAUCUAUUGCUAAGGCUGGUAUAACAACUACCCUCAAUUCCCGUUGUUCAGUACUUGCAGCUGCCAACUCUGUGUUUGGCAGGUGGGACGACACUAAAGCAGACGAUAAUAUUGACUUUAUGCCCACCAUACUCUCGAGGUUCGACAUGAUAUUCAUUGUCAAGGACGAACAUGACCAGGAUAGAGACAUUACGUUAGCGAAACACAUUAUAUCGGUACACAUGGGCGGCAAUUCUGCUGAGCGGGACGUGGAAGGCGAGCUGCCUCUAGCGUUGUUGCGUCGCUACUCGGCAUACUGCCGCGCGCGUUGCGGUCCUAGACUGUCCGAGAACGCAGCAGAGAGGCUGGCUGCUCGUUACGUUUUAAUGCGAUCUGGUGCCUCGCUGCAAGAGCGACAGGCGGACAAGCGCCUCUCUAUACCUAUUACUGUCCGACAACUAGAAGCAAUAGUACGCAUAUCGGAAUCGCUGGCGAAGAUGCAGUUGCAGCCGUUCGCGAACGAAGCACACGUCAGUGAGGCGCUGCGUCUGUUCCAGGUGUCCACGCUUGAUGCAGCCAUGACUGGAAGUUUAUCAGGUGCGGAAGGUUUCACAUCAGCAGAAGACCACGAAAUGCUUUCUCGUAUAGAAAAGCAAUUGAAGCGAAGAUUCGCAGUCGGUUCCCAGGUCUCCGAAGCUACGAUAAUACAGGACUUCCUUAGACAGAAGUAUCCGGAACGAGCGAUACACAAAGUUAUUCACACUAUGAUAAGGCGCGGGGAGUUACAACAUCGCCUUCAACGGAAAAUGCUGUAUCGAUUAUCAUGA